AGACUCUCACAGUCUUUCAUGAGCUCGCUGUCACAAUGCAGCUCUUCGUCCUCCUCUUCCUCCUCUCCCACGUCGACGUGGUCACAGCGGUGGCUGGUUGCCACAGUGACAGGGACAAGGACCACCGGCCGCGGGAGAACUGCACGGCUGCCGGCUUCAGCGACGUCCCGGCGGGAUUGGAACCGACAACCAAGGUCCUGUUGUUUCCCAACAACCUGUUCUCCAGCCUGUCCUGGUCCUCCUUCCAUAUCUUUAAGGACAUUUAUGAGAUCGACCUCACAGACAACAAGGUCCCAGACGUGACCUCCAGCGUGUCUCCGGUCCUGCCCACCCUCAGCGUCCUCCGGCUCAGCUCCAACCGCCUGACGGCGCUCUCCGACGGCGCCUUCUCUGCUUGUCCGGGUCUGACUGAACUCUACCUGUACAACAACGCCAUCGACACUCUGAGCGACAACACCUUCUCUGGGCUCAGCAAGCUGGAGAUUCUGGAUCUGACGUCUAAUCGUAUCAAGGUGCUUCCGGCGCUCAUGCUCCACCCCCUCCCUGCCAUAGAGACGCUCUACCUGGAAAACAAUAAGAUCACAGUGAUGCCAGACAAUUGGUUCAGCCAGAAGGAGGAAGUGCCCUACCUCUACCUCUCAGCCAAUCCCUGGGCCUGCUCCUGUUCCCUCGGUUACUUGCGACGGUACCUCGAUGACUACGAACUCAACGUCUACGUCCGGGACGGCCCAAUCAUCAAGAGCGAUGGAGAGAGUGUGGUCUGUGACUCUCCGCGGUGGUUUAAGGGUACACCUGUGAUGACUCUGGAAGAAUCUGAUCUGUGUUCACCGCCAACAGGAGCCGGUCCUCCAGGAGACCUGGACCAGCUGGUAGCCUCCAUGACUCCUGGCAUGACACCUACAGCUGCUGCUACAGUCAUUUAUCCUGAUCCUACUACUCCUGCUCCUCUUCCUGUUGCUAUUCCUCCUCCUCCUACCACGCUUCCUCCUCCUACUACUCGCCCUCCCGUUACCAGUUCUCCUCCUCCUGGUACUAGUCCUCUUCCAACUACUCCUCCUCCUCCUGCCACUGUGUCGAUACAGGAGUUCCACACUGAGUCCUACAGAGUCGUCACAUGGUCCUGGUACCACUCCAUCACCAGACGCAUGGUUCUGUCUGAGGUGCCACGGGUCGGGUAUCACACUGUCUCUACUCUUCUGGCUCUUCCUGCCAUCACACCCUCAACUGAACGGCCUGUUACCACGAUGACGAAUCCUCCCCAGACGACUGGAUCUGUUCCUGCGAUCGUGACAUCAACAAUGCCAAAAGUCCAGGUGGUCACGACAACCACCGGAACCCCUCUGUGGGUGAUGGAUGACCUGGGCAGCAGACAGCGAGGUGAGGUCAGCGCCGUCGGAGGAGCGGCGGUGUUCUGUCUGUGGCUGUUCGCUGGAUGUCUCCUGCUGUGUGUGGCGGCAGCGGCAUGUAUAGUGGCGACUCUAGUGGGGCUGGUCACCUGGUACAGGAGGGUGUACCUGCCACUCAGUGUGAUGCUGGCGAGGAGGAGGAUAGGAGGAGGUGAAGCAGUGAGGCUGUUAACGUACAGCGGAGGGGAAGAGAAGGGGGUGGCAGGAGGCGGAGUGAAGCAGCUUUAUCGCUCUGUUCUGUUCAUCCACAGAGAGGGAGGAGGAGCUGAAGAGGCAGGAGGAGGGGCUAUGGAGGGGGAAGGUGGAGAUAUUGAGAAGGGAGACGGAGGGAGGGAGAGACUACUUGUCGUUCUAGAGCCAACAGGAGGAGAUGGAGGAGCAGGAGGAGGAGGAGCAACCAGAGAGGAAGGGAGGGAAGACAAAGGACUGUACAGGAAGACGUUAUUCCGUCCAUUAAGCAGAGAGGAGGAGAUUGAGGGGUGGAGGGAUGUGAUGGAGGAGUGUAGGCUCCCAUCAGAGGGUGGAGGCAGGAGGGGAGGGGGAGGAGUCUCGAGAAAACGUUACAGUGUGAUUCUGAGGGAGGAGAGGGAGGAGUCAGGGGGAGGCAGGGAGGAGCUGGACCUGGUGGUGGGCGGUUGGGAGACCGGAGGACAGGAGGAAAGCUUGGGGGAUUGGCUGGCACAAUACUUACCCAGCAUGCCCAGGGCAGUGGCCACGCCCCCAGAGGGUGAGGCAGGAUGGGGAACGUGAUUGGCCCAAUAGAUAAAGAUAAUUUAGAGUGAGACACAACAACCUUUAUCUCCCGAAUUCUGACUUUGAUCUCAAAAUCAAAUUUAAUCUUCAUCUGUAGUUUUUAUAUUGUGGGCUCUUUUGUUUCCAUCAUGUCUUCUUUCAGAGAAGUGGGGGGAAAAAACACCAAAACAUUCAGGUGUUGAUUUAGGUUCAAAUGUCGUUAUGCAUAUUAGCACACAUUUAAUUAGAAAGUCUUGGCUGCAUGUUUAACAUAAAACACAACUUUAUAUGGUUGUUUCCUCAAAUGUUGAAGACUUGUUUCCACCACUUUUGUGUUUUUUCUCAGUAUUUGUUUUUCCUCAUUCCUCAACACAACACAACACAACACAACAUUCCUCAAAUUAUUGAAAAAAGGACAAGAGAAAUGUUGUCUUUUUUCAGUGUUUUGAGGAAUGUUGUGUUUUGUUAAAUGUUAGUGAGUUCAUAUUGAUCCCUAUUUGUUAAAAUGUCCACCUUGCUGACUUGUGUGACCUGUGGUAUCUCCCAUUAAAACAAAUUCAUCAUCAUUUGUUUAUUUUAUUUUGUCUUUCUGAAAACAUGAAGUAUGUUUUAGAUUUUUCUUCUAUAGUUUUUAACUAAUAAGCAUCAACAAGACAGCAUUUUGGGGAGGCUGUAGCUCAGCGGGUAGAGCAGGUCAACUAGUGAUCGUAAGGUCGCUGAUUCAAAUCCCAGCUCCGGGGAGAGCUGAGCUGCAUGUCGAAGUGUUCUUGAGCGAGAUACUGAACCCCACGAUGCUCAUCAGUGAGGGCCUGUGAUGAGCUACCCUGCCCUCGCCCUGAGAGAAGCCUCCAGCAGUAACACCUUGGAACCUCAUAGAAAAGGGAGAAGCGGUUAUGGACAAUGACAUGACAACACAGCAUUCACAUUUCAGAGGAGACAUCUUCAUAUUUUUUAAUGGCUAUGGUUUUUGAGUGUUUUUCUUUCUGUUGUAAAGAAAUAAAAAGAUUGUGACAUUAAUAGAAUUGUUUCUCUCUGGCAGCCACACGAGGGUGCAAGACUGAUUGA